UUCUGCGUCAUCACCGCGCGCCCGGUCCAACAUGGCGGACUUUGUUUAGAUGCUAUUGAUCUCCGGUAUCCCAUAUAUCCAGAAUCCCUGAGUUCGACCUUUACUUUUUGAGCUCGUCCAUCAUGAGCGACGAGGAGAAACCAGAGACUCGUAACUUCUUCAUGGGUUACGAUGAUCUGAGCGACAGCAGCAGUGACUCGGAGAGCCGCAGUGGGCCUGAAGCCACGGCCUCGUCCGCCCCAGCAGAACCGCAGCAGAGCCGCAAACGCGCCGCGGAGCCGCUGCCGAGACCCGACGAGCUGUUCCGCUCCGUCAGCAAACCCGCAUUUCUCUACAACCCGCUCAAUAAAGCCAUCGACUGGGACAGCAGAGCCGUCAGAGCGCCGGAGGAGCCUCCUAAGGAGUUUAAGGUGUGGAAGAGCAGUGCGGUUCCCCCGCCGCAGUCCUAUGUGACGGAGGAGAACAAGAAGAAAGCUCCUGCUGGAAUGGACAUGGCCAUCAAAUGGUCCAAUGUGUAUGAGGACAACGGAGACGACGCCCCUCAAGCCCACAGAGGCCCCGCCCACUUCCUGCCAGAGGAGGAAGAGGAGGAGCAACAGCCAGAUUCUGAUGACGACUCCUCAUCGAAGCUCAGUAAAUCGGCUAAGAAGCGGCGUGUGGAGACGUUCCAGCAGAAGGAGAAGCGCAAGAGGGACAUCGGCCAGGCCACGUCUGAUAAGAACUUUGUGGAGGAGGAGAAGCGCAUCCUCCGCCAGUGUCUGGACUGAACAGAGAGUGUGUGCGUGUGUGUAUGCAAGCAACAGAGUGUAUGUGUGUGUACUGGUUUUGGUGGUUUACAAGGACACAAACAUGUGUAAUGUCAUGAGUAUGACCCACUAUUAAGCUGGUUUAUGUGGACAUUUCUUGCGUCCUCAUAAUUCAAAGUGCUUUAGAAUCAUACAUGAUGAGGUUUUCCACAUUUAGUCGUGUCUACAGGUGUGUGUGAGGGCCGAGUCAGGAGUAGGGCUGCAGGAGGGACAUAUCAUAAGUGUUUUUUACUGUAUAAAAUACAUCAGCCUGUGGAGAGUCCUCAUAAACCACCAAUACCAAUGUGUGUGCAUAUGUAUGAGUGUAGGUGUGUGGCUGUGCAUGCAUAUAUGUGUGUGUGUGUGUGUGUGUGUGGUGAUAUUCACCCCUCAACUGAUUUUAAUGUGUAGAUCUUCAUCUUCAGGAGGAUGAUGAUGAGUGUAGCCGCACUAGGAGUCUCGGACACCUUAAAUAUAAUAUCUCAGUAUCACACACACACAUGUGUAAGGAGUGUGUGUUGAGGACAGUUCCUGCAGGCUGCUGUAAUGAUGUGUCUGUGUGUUGAACAUCACUGUAAGUAUGACUGAUGUAAACUGUAGAUGUACAGCAGCUUCUCCUCUGUUUAUCAUAUCUGAUGUUCUCUGUGUGUGUGUGUGUGUUUGAUGAUUUGUAGAUCCUCAACUGGAUAAAGAGCUUCUCUCCCAA